GAAGAUGUAUUUUUCACACGCUGCGCCUUGGUCCUCUCUCUCACCCAAAGACGAUCGUGACAGCUUUGCCUAGUUACAGAAGCUGUUCUGUUGUUGUCGAUUUGCGGUUCCUUUUACAAGUUCAAAUUUUUCAGGCUCGCAAGAUCCUCUCAAGCUCUGUUGGAUGGGGAGCGUCGUGCACAGCUAUUUACAGGUCUCUCUAGAGAUGUUCGAUCGGGUUCAAGUCCGGUCUCUGGCUGGGCCACUGGUUGUGAUUGUGAUCAUUCUACUGUCAUGGGGAAUAUGCAAGGAAAGUAACAAAGGACCUAGAGGUCUGACCCCUGUUGUGUCUGCCUCUCCUCCUCCCUCAGUGGUAGCCCAUCCUGGAGAUAAUGUCACUUUGCAGUGCACUAAUGUCUCUGGAGCUCCAGGACACGUUGGCUGGUUCAAGCAAGUCAACGGCUCAGAGUCGCCCCUAUGCAUCACGUCUAUGUACAGCUCUGAGCCGUAUGUCACGCAUCACAAUGGUUUUCAGCCCAGCCAUAUGGAAMUGUUCAUCAGACAUAGAAUAAUCUUCCUCAAAAUCACAGAGGUGGAUGUAGCUGAUUCUGGUCUGUACUGCUGUGGAAUGUUUGAUAAAUUCAUCAUCUUCACCAAUGCGACUGUCCUGAAGGUCCAAGGUCACAAAGAUUCUGAAAAGGACCUUAGAGAGCACUGUGAAGAAGUUGCUGAUCUACAGAUGAGAAUCCUGGUCCUUCUCUCCAUCAUAAGAACAGGAGUUCUCCUCUGCUGUCUGACCAUCUUCAUCAUCAUCUACACCACCAGGAAAUAGAUAAAGCUAAGGCCAAUGUCAGUAUAGUAUAUGUAGUUACUUGCUUCACCAAAUCCCAACGUACACGGCUGUCUGUUGGGUAUCGCAGUUAAACAUGUAAAGUAGGCUACAAAAAAGUAGACUAAAAUCAUUCUAAUCCUGAUUCAAAUACAACACAGAUGUUUAGCAUAUUGUCUGGCUGGUUUUAGGACCAUCCGGAGCAUCGGAGCAUCGCUAGGGGAGAAUCUGCCAGCCUGUGCACAUUUCUCUCACUUUAAGAAAACAGAGACAGUGCCAAACAGUUUGAUUUGCUGGUCAGCCUUUUAGGAAGUGCGCCGAUUGCUUUGAUUUUGAUGUCGCAUUUAGCUAAUUAUCUAUAUAAAUACUCGUGCUUACACAGAAAUAAAUAAAAUCAUUCAAAAUACAACACCAGAGAGCAUGAUUUGGCCACAGAGUAUCAUCUUAUUUAAAAAAUGGUCUGUGGAUUGUUUUAAGCGUGCAAUUUGAGCAGUGCACGUGGCAAGACAAACAGCCUACCGAAUUGCUUAUUGCUGAGUCGUGGUAGUCAGUGAAAAGCUGUUAAAUAAGCCUAGGCCUAUCGCAUUAUUUCAAAAUACAAUCGUAAGAAAUACAUAUUUCAGAAAGAGAAUGGCUAUUGCUGAAAAGAGAACACAUUAAAAAGAGUAAUCUGUCUCUACCAAUUGAGCGAAAAGUAGUUGUCAGUGUCAGCAGAGUAGGCUACUAAUUUGUUUUGUAUUAAAAAAGAUGUAGCUUAUGUCUCCAGUCAUACAAAAUGUAGUAGAAUUGCAUGAAAUAUGUUUAUAUAAGCCCACACUUUUCCUGUGCAUUGAAUGGAGAAGAAACAUUUCUCAUUAGGCCUAGGCCCUCAGGCUUGCAUUGUUCAGAACUGUCUGCUUUGUAAGAGGGAUUGAGAAAUGUGAUUCUAGAUGCAUGAAAUCCUUUAUUAUAAAAGUGAAAUUUUAUGGUGAAAAUAUAUCUUCCCCAAACUAUGGAUGUCGAACUUGUUGUGACUUGAUAGCGUGCAUUAUGCAUCUAUUUCACAUUGCGCUGUAUGUGCCGAUCCACAAGUAAAUAAGUCAAUUUAUGAUGAGAUUGAGUAUAUACUAUAGUGUUUGACAUUGUACAGGUUGCUUUCAAUAAAACAUCAUAAGGUGUACAGUGUUCGAUUUACCUGCUGGGUGGCAAGGAGGCCCACAGCUCCACUAAAACCAAUGACAACUGCAUGCCGUUUUCAAGGGAUUGUAUUAUAAAUGUUAAUUAUUUGGUUGUAAUAUCACCUCUUGAAGAGCAUGGUCAGACGUACAAAUAUUUGAUUAUUCUAUGCAAAACAAUUGUGCACAUUUAGCUCUAUCAUCAGAGUUAUACAGCAAGUAACUACAUGUUUUUCAUGAUCAGUAAACAUCAAUUUAUCAUUGAUCAUUUGCAGUGAUAAUUAAUGCCUUGGGCUAUUUGCUUUUGUUUUUGCUGUUCUCCAAAUAGUAUAAUAAAGUUUUUAUAAAUGGUGUAGAAAAAAAAAUCCCCCCACCCCACUUUGUCAUACCCUAAGUUUAGCUGAGCUGAUGCCACUGCAUAUGUAUGCACCUGUUGAAUAAGCAAUGUUUAAUUUGAACCGGAUCCUUUUCUGGCAGGAUCCGGCUCAAAUUAAACACCUCUCAGUUGUGGACCAUUUCACUCCAGAACCUAUUUGGCUGCGUCCGGUCCCUCUACAUGAGAAACAUUUUAUGUUGUCGUCUCAUUAAUUCUCCUGUCCUCUAAAAAUGGUUUUAUGUGAAAACGUAGAUUUUCAGCCCGCGCCUGAUAUUCUAAGAAUAUAUUCGAACAAUGAAUUAGUGUUAGGUCGCCCGAGUUUAUGGUUACUGCAUUAUACCUAUGUUUGAGACCAACACAUGACCGUUGUUGUGGUGAGACAGAGAAGCGUGGCUGUAUCUCUCGCAGAGCUAGAAUGAGAUUCACUUUCUGUGGUCUCUCUCCCUCUCUCUGCUCUGAUAGACAUGAGCCUGCAACUCUCAUGUCUCCAGCAUUGCACUUCAUCGUUUAUKUCCUUAUAGAAUCAUAGCCGCGGUAAGAGUGCUGAAAGAGCUGCAGCACCUCUGAUUCACUGAAAUAAAUUUGCCAAUGUUAUAUAAUUACUGCUGUCUGUUCAGAAAGAAAUCAAAUAAUUCAGAAUACUACUCCUGGGGUCAGCCUAUAAUGUAGCCACAGAGGACUUUUUUUUUUUUUUUUAAUGGCCUAGCUGUGGAUUGUUUUUAUGUAGACCAAUCACAACGCAUAUAGCCCGGGAUGGCGCUGCAAAUCAGUCAAUUAACAGCAUGCAGCCAGCACAAGCCUUUUGCAAUAUUUUUUAUACAAUUACCGGAAAACACAGGUUGGAAAGCAAAUGGCUCCUGCUUAAAAGAGCAGACUCUAAUCUGACUUUAGGCUACCAAAACAUUUGAUCAACUUCCAAAUUGGCCUAUUGAGCGAACAAGAGAAAUAUGCUUUUGGCACGAGAGUAUAGGCUAUUGCCAGCAGUGAGCUGCGCGUCAUUGGGUGAGUCAGUGAGAGUGGAAAGCUUUUCUAAGACUAUAAUU